AUGACAGCCGAGAGGAAAACUCAGAAGGAGUGGAGUCAAUUACCGCAGGAAGCGUGCGUCAUCGGCCUCAUCGACUCUCAAACAGAAGAAGAAAUCGCAACAAGGGUCGACAGUGCAUCGCAGCUCUUUGAUGACCUCCGAAGUGCUGUGGCCUCGCAUGCUGAGAAAUGCGAGCUUACGCAUGAGGCGGUGAUAGCAGCGGUGACACGAUUUGAGAGUCUUGAGUGUCGAUUGAUCAGACGCCGACAGAGGACGUUACAUGGCAGGAGCGAACUCAGUCGAUUACAACAGGAACUGAAGAGGUCUGUGUUGGGGUACCGGGGAGAAGAGCUGGAUGCUAUGGCACCUGAGGAGGUUGAAGCGAUUGCGGAUAAGCUUGCUACUGCGUUGUCGAAGGCCACAGUUAGACAGGCGGCACUGGGGGGCGUGUCCCACGUUGGAUCGUCUAAAACGGUCGAUAAAGAUAUGCGGGAGGUGAACAGGUUGUCAUCGCUAUCGGACGAUGGAAGCAAUGAUGGUAGCGAAAUAGAGGAGGAGGAUGGAGCACAGGUGUAA